UUGGAAAUACGAUAAAAGUGUUCUUAAUUAUAUUAUUGAUCAGAGCAGGGAUUAAAGCAUUUGCUAGAUUCUUGUGUCAUCUAGCUGUUGCUUCUCAUUCAUCAUUACUUACUACGUCAUCAUUGAUUUACUAUUGAAAAAAGAAUUAAAAAAAAAAAUUUGUUUUCCGAAGUCAAUCAAACAGCCAUCGAGAAUUGGAUGGAUGUUAAAUUUGAAUUUGCGCUAACACUUGCUAAUUUGCAGAGGUUGACCAGGUUGCAAGGAAACUUUGGUCUCAGUAGCCUUCCGAACUUUUGGAUCCGCCGACACUUUAUUCCCACGUCAUUAUGUGUUUCUGAGAGUUACUUCAAAAAGGAGACAUCCAUCUAUAAAGUUAUUGAGGCUAAGUUUGGAAAGAAUAUGGUCAGGAGGAAAAAAGAUUGAGAAAAGAAACCAAAGCUACAAACGUUAAUUAUAUGAUCCAAUGUCUCCUCAGCACCAAGCCUGACUAAGUGGGGCAAAACCAAAUAGAAAAGAAGACAAAAGCCAUGUUUUGUAGGUAACAAACAACUCUCUGAGGUCUCUCUGAGGUCUGAUAAUCUCUCUCUUUUUCAACAGGUUCUCAACCAGACAGCCAUAGCCCUGGAAAAUUAUGGAAGAUAGAGAAGAAGAAGCAGCAGAACUAACAGCUACUACCCAAAAGCCAGGUGAAUCAAGUCCCACAAGAAUCAAGAUAAAUGAAUCAACAGCAAAUGAAAAUCCUGCAAGAGGGUGGCUGAAUUUGAGCUUGGGUGGGAAUUUGCAGCCCUCCAAUGGCACAGAUGAUUCUGAUUCCCAGCCAUUGAUGAACAAGCCAAGCAGCAGCAGUUCAGCUGCUGCAACUGCCAAGAUGUUUUCAUGUAACUACUGUAUGAGGAAAUUCUACAGCUCACAAGCAUUGGGAGGCCACCAAAAUGCCCACAAAAGGGAGAGGGGAGCAGCAAGAAGAUACCAAUUUCAAAAAAUAAUGGCGAUGAUGGGUCUGCCUCCAUUAAUGAAUAAUGCUGCUAAUUUUAUGGUUCGAUCUUUGGGUGUAAGGCCUCAUUCCCUUCUUCUGCAGAGACCAAACAGAGAACCCCUUGGCCAUGGAGGAUCUUCUGCAACUGUCGCAAGGUUCUACGGCGCCGCCACCUCCGCCGCUGCCGCCUGCACUUUGGAGGAUGAUUUCAUGGACAUAACUUGGCCUGGAAGCUUCCGAUUGAACACACAACAGCAAACAGAGCCACCGAUGAGCGAACCGCUGAAGCUUGAUUUGAAUUUAAAGCUUUAGUAAUUGGGCGUUAAUAUCAACGUAGUUUAGUGGUUAAGGCUGGUUGUAAGUUUGAAUUUUGACCAUCCUAUUUGUAAUGUAAAAUGUAAUAUAUAAUUUAUAAGAGGUUUUAUUUUUAUUAUCGUCA